AUGUACGAUGUGAAGCUUCAGCAGACACGCAGGAAGAAGGUCUUCUUUCUCGUUCGGUUCCCACGUACCGGAUUCUUCAAGCUAGAGCUCUACGCCCUGCCUGCUAAUGACCGCAGCGAUUAUCUGCCCAACGUGUGCAACUAUCUGAUUGAGGCCUCAAAGUGCAAUCAGCUGCACGGCCAGGUGAUGCCUUUUCCGAAACAAUUCGAUCACUGGUGCCGCGGUUGCUACCUAAAGACUCCAACGGAGGGCAUACUUGGUCUAGGUGAAAAUGGCAGGUUGAGCAGUAAACCUCCC